AAAGGUCUGACAAAUAGCUUCGGAUGUGAAAGAGACCCAGCUGAGCAGAAUAAACAUGACCGAAAUGAACAAAACCCACGUUAUUCUGCUAUCAUGUGGGAGCUUCAACCCCAUCACUAAAGGACACAUCCAUAUGUUCGAAAAAGCCAGAGAGUAUCUGCAUAAGACAGGAAGAUUCAUUGUGAUUGGUGGAAUCAUCUCACCCGUACAUGACUCCUAUGGUAAAUCGGGUCUUAUCUCAAGCAGACACAGACUCACCAUGUGUCAGCUGGCAGUGCAGUCAUCUGAUUGGAUCAGGGUGGACCCAUGGGAGUGUUAUCAGAACACUUGGCAGACCACCUGCAGCGUGUUGGAACACCAUCGAGACCUCAUGAAGAGAGUGACAGGAUGCAUUCUAUCGAACGUGAACACACCCUCUACAACCCCUGUGAUUGGCCAGCCCCAGAAUCCAACGUCUCCAAUUUAUCACCACAACACAGUGAACAAGCCCACAACCAUUAAGUUCCUGGGUAAAAUGAGCGAGAGUCUGGGGAAAAUCUGCUGUGUUCGCCCCCCUGUGGAGCGCUUCACUUUCGUUGAUGAAAAUGCAAACCUUGGCACUGCAAUGCGUUAUGAGGAAAUUGAGCUGCGUAUCCUGCUCCUGUGUGGCAGUGAUUUACUGGAGUCUUUUAGCAUUCCUGGGCUGUGGAAUGACAGUGAUAUGGAGGUGAUUGUAGGGGACUUCGGGAUCGUGGUGGUGCCUCGUGAUGGAGUCGACACAGAAAGGAUAAUGAAUCACUCCUCGGUGCUGCGCAAGCACAAGGAAAACAUCAUUGUCGUGAAGGACGAUCUCAACCAUCCGAUGUCAGUUGUUAGUUCAACUAAAAGCAGACUGGCUCUUCAGCACGGAGACGGCCACGUGGUGGACUACCUGGGUCAGACAGUGAUCGACUACAUCCUGCAGAACCAGCUUUACAUCAACGCAUCCGGAUAGAAGGAGGAAGCGAUGUGAUGCCUCUCCUCCAGCUAACCGUCUGUCUGUCUGUGAUUAACAGUGUAGUCCUGCCGCACUAUACCACUGCUUUUCCCAUAUAGAGGAGCCGCACUAUCUGUCGUCGUUUCUUACUUGUCGGACCUGAAAGAGUGCAACCGAUGUGUGAUCAGGCGGGCUCGGUGGUCUACUGAGGUCCGGGAUGGAAAACGCCUUGGCCUUGCUUUCGAAUUUACUAUCGUCCGUUCCGCUAAUUGCAUGCCUACAGAUUUUCUUUUACCGCACUGGGGCUUAAUCGGCCUUGUAGAAUGUAGUGAGCUGUAACAGUGUUUACGCUGACACGUUUUUUUUACUAUAUCUGACUUCGUAUAUAUUUGGUAUUGCUCUAUGUACGAAGAAAUGCUGUCACUUUUGCAACUUUAAAUAUUAUGCUGCAGUGUUCUGUCUUCAAUACAUUUAAGUUCUCGACUGCACGUUAACCAGCGACGUUUACUUUUGCUGAUUGAUGACUAAAUCACUGCCAUUCUU